CUGCUCUUGUUGCCGAGGAGCCUCCGCUCCAGCGCGCGGCUCGCCGGAACAUCCGGCUGCUGGGCUUCAACAUAAACAGCAAUGGCGGAGGCAGCGGCGGCACCUACAGCGGCUCCAACAACGGCGGGAGGCUGGACGAAGCACGUAACUUGCAGGUAUUUCAUGCAUGGUCUUUGCAAAGAGGGGGACAACUGUCGAUACUCUCAUGAUCAAAGCAGCAGCAAGCCAGCCAUGAUCUGCAAAUUCUUUCAGAAAGGUUGCUGUGCGUUUGGUGAUCGUUGCAGGUAUGAACACACCAAACCAGCCAAGCAAGAGGAACUCCCUGGCUCCAUGCCUUCUGCGCCGCUUCCCGCUGCCCUCCUUGCCGUUGCUGGUGCCCCUGACUCCGUGCCCAGUGGGCCAGGUGGCACAAGCGAUGCCCAGGAAAGGCCCCACAGCUCCGGGGCAGUGGACUGGGUCAAUGCCGCCGAGUUUGUGCCUGGCCAGCCCUACUGUGGGAGGGCAGACACUCUUGCGGAGGGUCCUGGACCUCUCAUCGAGGACGAAUAUGAGAAGGAACAAGCCGACAAGGAGCUGAAGAAGCAGCUGUGCCCGUAUGCCGCCGUGGGCGAGUGCCGCUAUGGUCUCAACUGUGCCUAUCUCCAUGGCGAUGCGUGUGAUAUGUGUGGCCUGCAGGUGCUCCAUCCGUCCGACACUGCUCAGCGCUCUCAGCACAUCAGGGCAUGCAUUGAGGCUCAUGAGAAAGACAUGGAGAUUUCAUUCGCCAUCCAGCGCAGUAAGGACAUGAUGUGCGGCGUGUGCAUGGAGGUGGUGUUCGAGAAGGCCAACCCCAGCGAGCGCCGCUUUGGCAUCCUGUCAAACUGCAGCCACUGCUACUGCCUCAAGUGCAUCCGCAAGUGGAGGAGUGCCAAGCAGUUUGAGAGCAAGAUCAUUAAGUCCUGCCCAGAGUGUCGCAUUACGUCCAAUUUUGUCAUCCCAAGUGAAUACUGGGUGGAAGACAAAGAGGAAAAGCAGAAUCUCAUCCAGAAAUACAAGGAUGGCAUGGGGACUAAACCAUGCCGGUAUUUUGAUGAGGGCCGUGGAACAUGUCCGUUUGGAGCCAACUGCUUCUACAAGCAUGCUUUCCCUGACGGACACCUGGAGGAGGCUCAGCCUCAGAACCAGAACCAGUCUCAACGGCGGCAAAACGGCUCCAAUGGGAGGAACAGGAACUCGAGGCGCACGCCGCUGUGGGACAUGUUCGACGAGCGGGAGAGCAGCGACUCCUUGGAUAACGACGACGAGGAGAUGGUGACGUUCGAGCUGAGCGAGAUGCUUCUCAUGCUCCUGGCCGCGGGGACCGACGACGACGUCACCGACUCUGAAGACGAGUGGGACUUGUUUCACGAAGAGUUGGACGAUUACUACGAGCUCUACCUAUAGCAGCCCUAUUUUACUGCUUCUUUUCCUGUCCCCCCCUCACUAAUCUUCCAUGCACCUAUCAAUUACGCCCCUCCCCUCUUCCCCUUAAUAGAAACUAGACUGGACUGUCUCGUGUGAGUGAUGGGCAGUAGCGUCUUUUUCCCCCCCAUGUGUUGUGGCAGUGCCUUUCAGCAGGCCAUUAAAAUGAUAAGUUCAGUUCAAAGUGAAAUGAAAUAUAUAUGCAUAUAUGAUAAAAGACCAGACAAAAGAAAAAAGGAGAAAAAAGCAACCGAAAAAAAAAAAAGAAACAGGUCUGUGCGCUUGUGCUAAAACCUUUUCUAGAAAACCUCCUCUGUUCUGUGAGUCUGUCUGUGUUCACUUUAUGUACUGAUAAAAAAUACAAAACAAUUUAAAAAUGACAAAGACACUAAGUUAUACAUUUAAAAAAUUGGAUUAUCGCUAAUAAAUCCUAAUGGUUUUAUUCUGAAUUAUAGGUUUGACUUAUCAUCUACCCAGGUAUAUGGUCCCACUUAAGCGGGACUCUGAGCAUACAGCAGCUUUGUAAGACUUCACUGUAACUGGUGGUGGCUGUAAUGCUUUCUGGAUUAUUCCUCUAUUCAUGCACUGACUUUGAUAGGGUGGGUGGCAGAGGUGAGCUUCCUUGAUGUCAAAUGCACACAUGCACUCUUAACGUUCAUAAAGACAAUUCAUGUCACUGAACAUUUAAUGUUUUGUUUCUCUGUAUCUAUUUCUCUCUCUCUUUCUUUCUCUCUAAUUGGCCUGGAGGUCAGUUUUUAAUGUACCUGAACCGUACAGGUUCAGCAGCACCUGUGGUAUCAAAUGGCAAGUCUCUCCUAAGAACUGCGUGUAGCGAUACCUUUGUGAAAUUGGACUCCCGAAAGCAGACUUAAAUGCAUACGAUUACGAAGCUCAGUGGUUCAUCACUUUAACUGUCUAUUCAAUUGUAGAUUUCUGUUUUGCUUCAGUAUUGCAAUUUAAGCUCGGCUGUCAGUAGCCAAUCCACAAAAACCCAGUUGUUUAUUCGGUUCUUGUCGAACUUGGUUGAAUUGCAUAUGUUUAUACUGAAAUGUGCUUGUUUUCUAUGGUCCAGAACCAUCCAACAUAACUUGAAAAUUAAAGUUUAUUAUCAAAGUAUCAUAGUUUAUCUUUUACAUUUGUCCUCACGAAAUAAAAACAUUUUCAUAAUACAGUAA